AGUCACACCCACCGCUUCUUUAAAGGAGCGUCUACAGCUGGGUAACUUUACCCAACCUGUGUGUUGAGCAGCUGUGCUGUGUGGAGCUGCAUGGGGUUGAUCUCCGGUGGGUCUGAACAAACGCCGGUGCAGUACUUGGCUUAAAGCCUAAAGCUAACCAGUUGUAGUGGACUUCGAGAUCUGACGGACCUGAGGCUGUGGGCGUUACUUUGAAUGCAGAAUGUGGGGCAUUUGCAGCAGAACUAUGAGGAAGGUGGGGAUGGUGAAACCCUGUGGCUUAGUGAAACCAAAUCACUUGGUGAAGCCUGUAUCAGCAACUCGGGUUGCUGGCAGAUACCUCACCCACCAGCAGGGCCUUCCCAGUCUGCCCGUCCCCCUGCUGCAACAGACCUGUGAGCGCUACAUCACCGCCCUGGAGCCCAUUGUGGAGGUGGAUGAGCUGAAGCACACGAAAGAGCUGGUGCAGGAGUUUCAGAAAGCAGGAGGGGUUGGAGAGAGACUGCAGAGAGGCCUGGAAAAGAGAGCACGCAACACAGAGAACUGGUUGUCACAGUGGUGGGUGCAGGUUGCUUAUCUUGAGUACCGGUUGCCCGUGGUGGUCCAUUCAAGUCCCGGGCUGGUGUUGCCUCGCAUGAACUUCAACGAUAAGCACGGACAAAUAAGGUUUGCUGCCAAACUGAUAGCAGGUGUUUUGGACUUUAAGACAAUGAUUGACAACGAGACACUACCAGUGGAGUACCUGGGAGGAAAGCCCCUGUGUAUGAAUCAGUAUUACGAAGUGCUGUCAUCCUGUCGUAUCCCUGGUCUGAAGAGAGAUUCUGUGGUGAACCACGCCAAGAGCUCACCGCCCCCCAAACACAUCACUGUGGUGCACAACUAUCAGUUCUUCGUGCUGGACGUAUACAGCAGUGAUGGGACUCCGCUGACGGUCGAUCAGCUCUGCGUUCAGCUGGACAGAAUCUGCAGCUCCUCUCAACAGACUGACGUGGAGCCCGUUGGCAUCCUGACCACCCAGCAUCGGGACUCCUGGGGCAAGGCCUACGUCAACCUCAUCAAGGAUAAGACCAACAAAGAAUCUGUGUCAGCUAUCCAAAGAAGCAUCUUCACCGUGUGUUUGGAUGGAGCGAUGCCUCACAUGUCUGAUGAGAUGUCCCGCAGCUCUGCUGCCGUCCAGAUGCUGCACGGAGGAGGCACCCAGUGGAACAGUGGCAACCGCUGGUUUGACAAGACGCUGCAGUUUAUUAUUGGAGAAAACGGGUCGUGCGGUGCAAACUAUGAGCACGCCCCAGCUGAAGGCCCACCUAUUGUGGCCUUGAUCGACCACGUCGUAGAAUACACGAGGAAGCCAGAGAUGGUGCAGACUCCCAUGGUGCCUUUGCCCAUGCCCCAGAAACUACACUUCAGUAUCACCCCUGAGAUCAAGAAGGACAUUGAGGAGGCCAAGCAGAGUAUGAACAUACUGGCCCAAGACCUGGAUAUGAGGGUCAUGGUAUUUGGCCACUUUGGGAAAAAUGUCCCAAAGACCCACAAGAUGAGCCCAGAUGCCUUCAUACAGAUAGCGCUACAGCUGGCCUACUACAGGAUGUACCAGUGCUGCUGUGCCACAUAUGAAAGUGCCUCCCUGCGUAUGUUCAGACUGGGCCGUACAGACACAAUCCGAUCAGCUUCAAGUGCCUCAUUUGCGUUUGUCAAGGCCUUUGAUGACCCCAGCAAACAGAACACAGAGAAGGUCGAUCUCAUGGAGAAAGCUGUAAAAGCACACAGGGCGUACACUAACAUGGCAAUCAGUGGCCAGGCUAUAGACAGACACCUCCUGGGACUUAAGAUGCAGGCUGUUGAUGAAAAACUCUCCAUGCCUGAUAUCUUCAAAGAUGCUGCCUACGCAAAAGCCUUGCAUUACCAGCUGUCUACAAGUCAGGUACCGUCCAAGACGGACUGCGUCAUGUGUUUCGGUCCAGUCGUGCCCAACGGAUACGGCGUGUGCUACAACCCUAUGAACGAUCACAUCAACUUUGCUGUGUCAUCUUUCAACACCUGCAAAGAGACUAACGCAGCACAUCUGGCCCGAGCUGUGGAGGAAGCACUGUUAGACAUGAGGACGGUGCUGGAACAAACCCCAAAAGCCAAAUUGUAAAUCCUCCCCCCCAGACUUUUACUAACCUCUUCAUACAUGAAGUGGACGCUGCACGCCAUCGAUCAUCAUCAUGCACUUUAAAUGAUGCUGUGAUGCCUCCCGUGCAGUCACUGGGAGGUGCUGUUUCCCUGCUGUUGAGAUGCAAAUUUUUUUUGUCAUUAAAAUAUCUUCAUCUAAAAAUCAAGCAUCUGUUUUACAACAGGAAUAUUUGAAUGUUUAUUUUGAAUACUGUGUUAUCAACAAAUUACUUGAUGAGACCAAACCAACAGUCAGUUGGUUCUAGAGCUUCAAUCAGACAGAACAAGAUAUUUGCACUUGCUUGGUUUAUACCUGUGUGCCUCAGACCUCCAGUGUCUGUGAACUACUGCAUUAGGUGCAUUGUGCUUCAUCAGUCUGAACAUGGCCAGUGUGGAUCAUUCUGACAUAAGUUUAUGAUGCUCAUCAGAGGUCACACAAUACACAAAUACACAAGUACAACUCCACAUACACAGACUGAUUAACCAUAUGCUCUGUUUAGGAAUCCAUGCACUCACAAUAAUAAACUCUUUGUGCAGAUUAACAAA